GGAGGCUGGAUUGGUGCAACCAGAGACAAAUUGGCGCCAUUUUGAAGCCGGGAGGAGGACCAGAUCUGCAGAAGGAGAGACGAUUGGCCGCUAUUCAUCAAACUAGGGAGCACUGAGCUGAGAGCAUGGCUCACUCCAAGACCCGGGCCACCGAUGGGAAGAUCACCUACCCCCCGGGGGUCAAAGAGAUCUCCGACAAAAUCUCCAAGGAGGAGAUGGUGCGCAGGCUCAAGAUGGUGGUGAAGACCUUCAUGGACAUGGACCAGGACUCUGAGGAGGAGAAGGAGCUCUACCUCAACCUGGCCCUGCACCUGGCCUCCGACUUCUUCCUCAAGCACCCGGACAAGGACGUGCGUCUGCUGGUGGCCUGCUGCCUGGCGGACAUCUUCCGCAUCUAUGCCCCCGAGGCGCCCUACACCUCCCCCGACAAACUCAAAGACAUAUUCAUGUUCAUCACAAGGCAGCUGAAGGGGCUGGAGGACACCAAGAGCGCCCAGUUCAACAGAUACUUUUAUUUACUCGAGAACAUAGCCUGGGUGAAGUCCUACAACAUCUGCUUCGAGCUGGAGGACAGCAACGAGAUCUUCACCCAGCUCUACAGAACGCUGUUCCAAGUGAUCAACAACGGGCACAACCAGAAGGUGCACAUGCACAUGGUGGACCUGAUGAGCUCCAUCAUCUGUGAGGGGGACACUGUGUCGCAGGAGCUGCUGGACACUGUGCUGGUCAACCUGGUCCCUGCACACAAAAACUUGAACAAGCAGGCGUAUGACCUGGCCAAAGCCCUGCUGAAGAGGACAGCGCAGGCCAUCGAGCCCUACAUCACCAACUUCUUUAACCAGGUGCUGAUGCUGGGGAAGACGUCAGUGAGCGACCUGUCGGAGCACGUCUUCGACCUCAUCCUGGAGCUGUACAACAUCGACAGCCACCUGCUUCUGUCCGUGCUCCCCCAGCUGGAGUUCAAACUGAAGAGUAACGACAAUGACGAGCGGCUGCAGGUGGUGAAGCUUUUGGCCAAAAUGUUUGGGGCGAAAGAUUCGGAGCUGGCAGCGCAGAACAAGCCCCUGUGGCAGUGUUACCUGGGCAGGUUCAACGACAUCCACGUCCCCAUCCGACUGGAGUGUGUGAAGUUUGCCAGCCAUUGCCUUAUGAACCACCCUGACUUAGCCAAAGACCUGACAGAGUACUUAAAGGUGAGGUCCCACGACCCGGAGGAGGCCAUCCGGCACGAUGUCAUCGUUUCCAUAGUGACGGCCGCCAAGAAGGACCUGGCCCUCGUGAACGACCAGCUGCUGAACUUCGUGAGGGAGCGGACGCUGGACAAGAGGUGGCGGGUACGCAAGGAGGCCAUGAUGGGGCUGGCCCAGAUCUACAAGAAGUACUCUCUGCAGGGGGAGGCGGGGAAGGAAGCCACCAAGCAGAUCUCCUGGAUCAAAGACAAGCUGCUACACAUCUACUACCAGAACAGCAUCGACGACCGGUUGCUUGUGGAGCGCAUCUUUGCCCAGUACAUGGUGCCCCACAACCUGGAGACCAUGGAGAGGAUGAAGUGUCUGUAUUACCUGUAUGCAACGCUAGACCUUAACGCUGUGAAAGCUCUGAAUGAAAUGUGGAAAUGCCAGAACAUGUUGAGACACCACGUCAAAGACCUGCUGGAUCUCGUCAAGCAGCCGAAAUCCGAGGCCUGCAGCAAGGCAGUGUUCUCCAAAGUCAUGGUCAUCACAAGAAACCUACCAGACCCUGGCAAAGCCCAGGACUUUGUGAAGAAGCUGGCCCAGGUUCUGGAGGAGGACGAGAAGAUCCGGAAACAGCUGGAGACGCUAGUCAGCCCCGCCUGCUCCUGCAAGCAAGCGGAGGGAUGUGUGAGAGAGAUCACAAAAAAAUUGGGAAGCCCCAAGCAGCCUAGCAACCCCUUCCUGGAGAUGGUGAAGUUCCUGCUUGAGAGAAUCGCCCCGGUCCACAUUGACACAGAGUCCAUCAGUGCCCUGAUCAAACAGGUGAACAAGUCCAUAGACGGCACAGCGGACGACGAUGACGAGGGCGUGCCCACUGACCAGGCCAUCCGAGCUGGCCUGGAGCUUCUCAAGGUCCUGUCCUUCACCCACCCCGUGUCCUUCCACUCGGCCGAGACCUUCGAGUCGCUGCUGGGCUGCCUGAAGAUGGACGACGAGAAGGUGGCGGAGGCCGCCCUGCAGAUCUUCAAGAACACGGGCAGCAAGAUGGAGGAGAGCUUCCCGCACAUCAAGACUGUCCUGCUGCCAGUACUGCAGCAUAAGGCAAAGAAGGGCCCGCCUCGCCAGGCCAAGUACGCCAUCCACUGCAUCCACGCCAUGUUCACCAACAGAGACACGCAGUUCGCACAGAUUUUUGAGCCUCUCCAUAAGGGUUUGGACCCGGCCAGCCCGGAGCAGCUCAUCACCCCCCUGACCACGCUGGGUCACCUGGCCAUGCUGGCGCCCGAGCAGUUCGCUGGCCCGCUCAAGUCCCUGGUGGCCAACUUCAUCGUCAAGGACCUGCUCAUGAACGACCGGGUUCCUGGUAAGAAGACGACCAAGCUGUGGGUUCCAGAUGACGAGGUGUCCCCGGAAACUCUGGCGAAGAUCCAGGGCAUCAAGCUGAUGGUUCGAUGGCUGCUGGGGGUGAAGAACAACCUGAGCAAGUCUGGCAACUCCACGCUCAGGAUGCUGACGGCCAUCCUCAACAGCGACGGGGACCUGACGGAGCAGGGGAAGAUGGGGAAGCCGGAUAUGUCGCGGCUCAGGCUGGCCGCGGGGUGUUGCGGUGUUGAAGCUGGCCAGGAGCCCUGCUAUCACGAAAUCAUCACCCUGGAGCAGUAGCUCUGCGCCCUGGUCAUUAACGACGAGUGCUACCAGGUGCGGCAGGCCUUCGCCCAGAAGCUGCACAAGGGCCUGUGCCGGCUGCGGCUGCCGCUGGAGUACCUGGCCAUCUUCGCCCUGUGCGCCAAGGACCCCAUGAAGGAGCGGCGGGCCCACGCGCGCCAGUGCCUGGUCAAGAACAUCCACAUCCGCCGGGAGUACCUGAAGCAGCACGCUGCUGUCAGCGAAAAGCUCUUCUCUCUGCUUCCGGAAUACGUGGUGCCGUACACCAUCCACCUGCUGGUGCACGACCCAGACUACGUCAAAGUUCAGGACAUCGAGCAGCUGAAGGACAUCAAGGAGUCCUUAUGGUUCGUUUUAGAGAUCCUGAUGGCGAAGAAUGAGAACAACAGCCACGCGUUCAUUCGGAAAAUGGUGGAGAACAUAAAGCAGACGAAGGACGGCCAAUUGCCCAACGACCCCAAGAUAAACGAGAAGCUGUACACGGUGUGCGACGUGGCCAUGAACAUCAUCAUAUCCAAGAGCACCACGUACAGCCUGGAGUCCCCCAAGGACCCCGUCCUGCCCGCCCGCUACUUCACCCAGCCCGACAAGAAUUUCAGCAAUACGAAAAAUUAUCUCCCUCCAGAAAUGAAAUCCUUCUUCACUCCGGGAAAGCCCAAAGCUGCCAACGUCCUGGGGGCCGUGAACAAGCCCCUCUCCACCGCGGGCAAGCAGCUGCAGACCAAGUCGUCCCGAAUGGAGACCAUCAGCAACGCCAGCAGCAACUCCAACCCCAGCUCGCCCGGACGCAGCAAGGCCAGGAUGGACAGCACUGAGAGGGACCACAGCGAAAACGAAGACAUCACCAUCAUGAAGAGCUCCCCCAUGCCCGGGAAGAAGGGAGACAAGAGGGACGACUCUGACCUGCUGAGGCAGGACAGCGAGAAGCCCCGCGGGAGGAAACGAGCCCCCCCGCCCAGCCAGGACGACGACUCGGGCGCGGACCCCAAGCCCAAGCGGGGGCGGAAGAAGGCGGCCAACGCCAGCGCGGGGGGCGAACCCGAGGAGCCGUGGGCCGAGGAGAGCCGCGUGGCGGACAUCGCCCUGGAGACGGAGGACGAGCAGAACAGCCCGCCCAAGAAGGCCCGCCGGGGACGCCCCCCGAAAGCGGCCACGCCCAAGGAGGACACGCCCAGCAAGGGCCGGCGGGGCCGCAAGAAGGCCGCCCCGCCGCCGCCCCCCGAGGAGGAGCCCGAGGAGGAGGAGGAGGACGGGGAGGAAGACCGCAACAGCGAGAACACGGAGGUGAAGCCCAAAGUGGGGAGACCGGCCAAGACCCCCCGGCGGUCACAGCAGAGGGUAGAGGCUCCGGAGGCCACAGACGAAUCCGUCGAGUCCACGCCUCAGAAGAGGAGAGGGAGACCGCCCAAAUCUGCCCAACAGCCAGCCAAGAAAAGCACCCGAGGGGGGCGCUCCAGAGCGGCGGCCAGCAAAGAGAACGAGUCGGCCGACGAGGUGGAGACGUCCCAGCAGAGCGUGGAGGACGAGGAGGAGGAGGCCGAGGAAGAGCAGCAGGAGGAGGACGAGGAGUACACCACGCCAAAGGUGCGGCGAAAGGCGGGCAGGGGGAACAGAAGAUGAGCGUGGAGGAUUUUAGGGUGCCGGAGAGAGCCGGAGGAGGAGGAGGAGGAGGAGGAGGAGGAGGGGGCGUUAUCACGAUCCGUCCUCCAGUGCUCUGGGCCA